AGUGGCAGUAGCAGUAGCGACCAUGGCACGAGCACGGGCAAGAGCAUAGCCGUACCGUGCCCGUGUCGCCUCUCUUUUGUCCCCUCGGUCUGCCACUUUUUUCAGACUGUUUCCUUUCACCUCCUCGACUGUUCCAACCCAACACACACUGCCGUCGCCUUUUCUUGUCUCGACAAGAAACUCGUCAUCGACCAAGACCAUUACCAACAGUCCGAGCCCAAUACCACCGCCGUGCCUCCCCUACCUACCGGCACUUCAACGUCCCCCCAUCGUCAUGCCCUCGGCUUCCUGACGACUCGCGUAAAUGUAAACCCACCCACUUUACGCCACCCUACAUCAAGACCCUUCUCCCGACAACCUCCACACUCGACACGACCCUCUCCUCCCCUCGACAGGCCUCACCUCUGUCGACCUCUUCAAUUGCGUUCCUACGCCAGUCGCCCUUUGUAUUUCCUCCCCAACAGAACCGCAAUGGCCGCGACAACAAAGGUCUCGGCCCUCAUUGCCGCCGCCACGGGAUGCAUUCCCGAGGAGCCCCGAACCCCCUCCAUUGCCCCCUCCUUGACCUUCUCCGAAGAGUCGGAGGACCAGGAGGAGCAGCUGCCGGUCGAGCCUCUGCGUCGUCGCCGUGCGUCUACGAGGCUGAUUGCGCAGAACUCGGCUGAUAUUCAGCGCAUCACCGGCGAGUCUACCGCCCAAUUGAUCGAGCGGUGCUGCGGUGGCGGCUGCUGUAUGAAGGCGGGUGUCAAGAAGGCCGGCGUUGAGUACGAGUCCAUUCCCCUCCCCGACAACCACGCCUUCAAGUCUCUCGCUCUUCGGAUUGGCGACUGCCCGACCCUCCUCACCAAGAUCACCGACCUGCCCGAACAGACAGUCUUCUUCGAGCCUCCGCGCCGUAGUUCGCCUGCCCCCUCGACUGCCGAUUCGGGUGUUUCUGUCGGCGCUGAUGCCAGCCCAACGACCCCACCGGCUGACAAGGUCGCGAGCCUUGCUCUCGAGGACGUCAACACCAAGAUUCAACCGCCCAACUACGUCCAGCCCCACCCUCCUCACCACGUCUUUGCCGCCCGCAUCGACUCGACCCGCGAGCUGACCAAGCCUGGUGCCGAGAAGCGUACCUACCACUUCGACAUCGACAUCUCCUCGUACCCCGAGGAAGAUGGCACCGACUUCAAGGUCGGCGGCGCCAUCGGCGUCAUGGCCCCCAACGACCCCGCCAUGGUCGACGAGAUCUUCGACGCUCUGAUGGUGCCUCGCUUCGUGCGCGACAAGCCUGUCCUCAUGAAGACGUCCAGGGGCCGAUGGCCUACUGUCUGGGGCGAGGACGAGCCCAGAGAGCUCCUGACCACCCGACGCGACCUGCUCACCUGGUGCUCCGAUAUUCAGUCCUACCCUCCGACCAAGAAUCUUCUCCGCAUUCUUGCAGAAUACGCCGCCGACGAGAACGAGAAGAAGCUUCUGAUGUACCUCUGCGCCGCCGAAGGCCAGGGCGUCUUCUGCGACUUCCGUACCGGUCCUCACGUCUCCCUCUUCCAGCUACUGAGCGCUUUCCCAAGCUCUCAUCCGCCUCUCGACCUCCUCCUCUCCGUCUUGCAGCCUCUGAUGCCGCGCUUUUACUCCUUGUCGAACGACCCCCACGACUCGUACAAGACUCGUGAUGGCAAGGUGCACCGUCUCGUCGAGAUUGCAGUCACGGUUCAUGAGUCCGCUGACUGGCUCCACGGCACCCGCACCGGCAUUGGCUCCGGCUUCUUUGAGCGUCAGGCCCAGAAGUUCCUCGCCGCUCAGAAGGCCGGCGAGAGCAGCCCCGAGUUCUAUGUCCCCAUGUUCAAGGCUCAUGGCCAACCCCUUGCCAAGCAGAGGGAGGUGCGUAACCAGGCCGAUCUCGUCUGGUACAUUGCCAAUACCGUCGACGGUCGCGUCUUUGUCUGCGGUAGCAGCAAGGGCAUGGGUGAGGGCGUCGAGGAUGCCCUCGUCGACGUUGCCAUGUCCAAGGGCAACCUCGAGCGCGAGGAGGCCAGGAAGUACUGGGACCUCAAGAGGGAGGCCGGGCAGUACAUCGCCGAGACUUGGUGA